ACGCAUUCCUUUCUCAAUACCUACACAUUCAUUCAUUCACUCCAGACGUGUCAUCAUGUCCGCUUACGCCCUUACCAUCUUUCUCAGUGUGACUUCUGUGCUUGCACUUCCAGUACUACCAGGAGAAGAUGUCCCAUUCUCUCCUGCUGGUCCAGGAGAUGGUAAGCUACUUCGAAAGAAUCAGAAAUACCAUGAAGUAAAAGCUCAUCCAGUUUAGUUCGAUCACCUUGCCCCCUCCUCAACGCAAUAGCCAACCAUGGCUUCAUUCCACACGACGGCAAAAACAUCGACCUCACUACAAUGCUCGACGGUAUUGACAAUGCGGUUGGCCUUCAAGCCACAGGGCGAACGUUCUUCGCCAACUCUUUUAACAGAAUCGCCGCCGUAUCCUCCACUGGAAAAAACACUACCAUCAACUUGAAUGACCUCAGCGUACACAAUGUGAUCGAACACGACGGAUCUUUGAGUCGACUGGAUAUCGCGCAAGGAGACCAUGUUUCUUUCAGCCAAACAACCUUCGAUGAGACAAAAUCGUUCUGGCCCGCUGAGAAAAUCUCAAUCAAAGAUGCCGGCACUGCUGUGAAGAGAAGACAACAGACUCAGACGAGGGCCAACCCUCAAUACAAUCUCUCACCAGCACUACUUAACACUACCGUUGCACAAUCUGCUCUGUAUUUGGGACUUUUCGGAAACUUUGUCGACGGAAAUGCAGACAAGGCUCAAACUGUCUUCUUUUUCGGUACGGUUUCCCUUUCUACUCCGUGUACUUAACGUAUCCCUAUGACUUUUUGCUGACUAUUUUUCCCAUCACAGAGAAUGAGAAGAUGCCAUACGAGCUCGGAUUCAAGAAGAAGGAAGGCGACGAAAGGUUCAGCUCAGCGGGCAUUGCAGGCUUGGCUGCACUUAUUAUGGCCGAAUUCCAAAAGGCUUAAAUUGGAUUGAUGACGGAUCAUGCAGUAUUUGGGGUACGACCUCUGUAUUAGAAGUGUGUAAUAAUUAUCUGGUAGCUUGGGUAUAGGGCCUGUUUGGCGUUCUGAUCGUUAAUUUUUAAGCCAUUCUUUGGGUUGUUCUAGAGAGUAUUAAUUUUAUAUUUUAUCGUCCAUUCGUCACGUCACAAAGCAGACUUAUUGAUGUGAAAUUAUCAUAAACAAGAGAGUCAAGUAUCGUGCGAUGAGAACGAUAAUUGUGGUGUUGUUGACGGAGGAGUCCACUCGAAUGUGGGAUAUUUAUCCCACCGAGUUGCUUAGUACUGUAAGCACUUCCUCAUUCACAAUAAACCACUGCUAAUUAUUUUCAUCACACCUACAGACAUCAGUAAGAUUUCAGAGAGCUGAUUUUCGUGAAUUUUUCCUCUACGAUUCUACGAGAAAGUAUCUUGUUUUUAGUCGGAGCUAGUGUAUGAGUUAAGGCGAGGGCUUGAGUUAGUAAUAGAAUCGGGAGUAAUCAGAUACCACUUCAUGGCUUCGUGCUGUGGUGUCUUUGAAUGAAUGGCUACGACUUUGUUGUGAAAGAGUCCUUUAUCAUAACUAGCAAUUUGUAUGAGUAUUUCGCUUGGCAGUAUUUCGUUUCUCGCGACCUCCACUUGAAUCCUCUCAUCUCGAAUUAACACAAUAUUUCAUCCAAAACAGUCCAUAUAUGGAAAUUACAACCAUAAACUACAAACCUAACCGUUCUCUUCCCUCUAUUCAGCGUUCGGCAACUGGAAUUCCAUUCCAUUCCAGAUACCCCCUCUAGAAGGAUUCUAUUCUAGAGGUAUAUAUUCCAUAGAAUAUACGGAAUUUCCAGCUAGAAUUUAUUUUAUAACCCGGAGAAAUGUACUCCCGCUCCGUCGACUAAUAGGAAGUCUCUAGGGCCCUAUUUAUAUUAAACAGUUAGAUAACAAGUCAUAUUACGUAAAUGCCCCCCUAAAUGUCUAUAUAGGAUACGAGUAUCGUAAAUACUUCUAGAGUCAAUUAUAAAGGAACGUAUUAGGUACUAUUAUAUUUUCCUAGCUAUUUACUUAACUCUCUAGGGUUAUAUAGCUCCUAUAACCACGUGCUUUAAAUAGUCUAGAAUUCCAUAGAUUCCAUAGAAUUUUCAUAGCCUACUGAUAGACGGAAUCUUUCUAUUUUAUAUAAGCUCUGGAAGGAUUCCAGAUAGAAUCCUAUCUAUAGAAUUCCAUGGAACUCGUUCCUUUUGCCGAUCGCUGCCUCUAUCUCGCAACACUAAACAUCCCGCCCAGAGUUGACCAAUCCUCCCAUAGUGGACUACCAAUACUGCUACCAUCAGGGCCCUCGAUUAACACAUUGAACCGCCCAAGGAGCCCAGAGUCUUAACUCCGAGGAAGAUAUCAAGCAGCAACUAAAACUUGUUUCAUCCUCACACUGCGCCGUCGCUCCAGCAGAGUGCGGACGAACUACUACGUACCGGUACCCCUCAUCUGCCAAUCUCAGUACAAGAGUCUACCAAUUCCUAGAUUGCUCGUCUGCCGGCAAGAUCCAACGUCCAUACACACCAAGAAACCCACCACCAGAACAGGAAAAGAAGAAGGAAAAAAAAA